GUGAAACCCGUGUAGAUCUUCUUUAUGAUGCAUAUAGUCGUUAUUUUAAGCAAGAAAAUCAAUAUAUCACUAAAAAAGAUGGAAAAUUAAAUUUGAAGAUGUUCCUCAAAUUUUUAAUACAGUUAUCAAAGUUGAAACCUGGUACUAUAAGAAGAGGAUCAAUUAUUCCUGAAGAAACUGUCAAAGAUGAAACAAUAAUUGCAAAAAGAGCAAAUGAUUAUUUAAAAACUAUUUGUUGGACGUUUCAAUAUUACAAUGGAGAUUGUCCAAGUUGGAGAUACUUUUAUCCACAUCAUCGACCUCCAACCAUUCCCGAAAUUUUGACACAUGUUAAAGUGGAAAAUUUUGAUCAAACUUUCAAGAAAGAUUCACCAUUGCGACCUUUUGAACAAUUAAUAUGUAUCUUACCACCAAAUGCCAGUUACCUUGUUCCAGCACCUUUCCGUCCACUAUUUACCAAUCCAGAUUCCCCUCUCAAAGAAUAUUUUCCAAAAACUUUUAAAACCUCAAAUCACAAGGCUCUUUUGCCUUUUGUUGAUGAAGAACACUUGAUUCAAGCAAUGAAACCGGGUUAUUCGUUAUUAAAGAAGGAAGAUACAUUACGAGAUAUGUUAAAUGGACGAACUCAUAUUUAUGCAGGGCGAUGUUCGGCUUCCUAUUCAGCAGUAUUUUCUCUUUGCUCCGGUAGAUGUCGUGUACCUAAUUUCCCUAUAUCAUCAGUUGUAUUUGGAAAAUUAUUAUACGAUGGGCCCAUGUUAAAAUCCAUAGAACCACCUGUUAAUGAGUUUCAAAAAAUCAAUC